AUGUCCCUGCAAAAUCCUCCACCGGAUUCUUCAGUUACACAAGUCUCGGACUUUAUUCCAGAUGCAUCCUCUUCCGUGAAGACAGAUUCCCAGCAGCCAUUAUCGCUGCUGCCACAACCUGAGGAACAAGACCAGCAACAACAACAACGACAACAGCUGUCGUCAUCUUCAUCAUCUUCUCAGGAACCUCCUUCAACGAUUGAAUCGGUUCCUCAACAAGGCCUUCCACCGGUUGGCGGGCCUCUAGAAGAAGAAAAACAGGGGCUUGUUUCCGAACAAACUAGCGUGUUACCAAUCGAAACUGAAGAAGAAGUACAAGCGGUUGAAGAAUUAGCCCAACCACACGAAGAGGUUACAACAACUGCUGCAUCUACAAUGACUCCUUCUCAGGAUUCAAUUCUUGUAGAAACUCCACAAUUAUCUGAAUCAAUAGCUGCUGCAGCUGCCGCCGCUGCAGCCGCAGCCGCAGCUGCUGGUUCGGACCUAUUACUUCAACAACAGCCCACCAAUGGUCAAGCUACCCCAUCCGAGUCAUUUGGGGCCCCGCCGGCUCCCACCCAAGAAGAUGGUGAGCCUUUCUCGGCCACACAAACCUCUACACACAGCUCGGACAGCAGUAGGCAUAACAGUGCUGCUUCUCCUGCUUUGCAACAGACAUUUGCUCCGCUACAACCACAACCUGUGUCGACCGAAGCAUCGUCACAUCAUAAUCUUCCUACUUCUGCUAAAACUCCGCGGAGACUUACUACUCAUGCGUCAUCCGCCUCCACUGGUACAUCCCCCGCAGACCCACUGGACCAGAAUUCUUCUUCUUCCCAUAUGAUGGCAUCAUCUAAACCACAAGCAGCAACACCUUCGUCUUCUAUUGUGACGCGCGAUCAGUCCUUCACAAAGACUCCAAUUGCUCCUAAAUUAACUCACACUCCUGGUAGUGUAUUAAUUGCCCCCAAGUCUGUUUCCAAUGGUGACUCUAUAGUCACACCUGUCUCUCACUCUCACUCCAUGUCCCACCCAACCCCUUCCCACACUAGUCCCUCCUCUACAAGGAAACGCCCACAGACAGCUAUGGGAACCCCGUCAGCAGGACUGGCAUCAAAGUCUGUUUCGCUUGGCCCACAAUCUCGGCCUCCUGCUAUCCUUCCUCAUUAUAAUCCUCGCUAUAUGUCUACUUAUAAAAAGAAGACUUCAACUGCCAGCCCACGCCGCAACUCGAAUGAAAUGACUACAGGGUUAUACACAGCUACUUACUCUGAUAUCCCUGUCUUUGAAAUGAUGGUUAAAGGUGUUGCAGUUAUGCGCCGUCGCCAGGACUCGUCUCUGAAUGCCACCCAAAUUUUAAAGGUUGCUGGCGUCGACAAGUCCAAACGCACUAAGAUUCUCGAGCGCGAGAUUCUUACCGGGGUUCACGAAAAGGUACAAGGAGGGUACGGCAAAUACCAAGGCACUUGGAUCCCAUAUGAUCGUGGUGUCAACCUAUGUAAGCAGUACUCCGUCUAUGAUGCAUUGCUUCCAUUACUUGAGUUUGAUGCAUCAAAUCCGGCUAUGGAGAACACUCCAACCAAGGAACAAGCCAUGGCUGCGCAGCGUAAAAAGAACUCGACCCAGCUGGCGCCUCCUCAAAGUUCCUUUAAUGGGUUCCCAUCUGCUCCUUAUGAUCAACAUUUUAUGGACCCCAAGGCUGUUCGAAUGGAGUCGAUGCCGUUACCUCAAACUGGCAUGUUUUAUCAUCCCAGUGCUAGCCAUCCUUCUCCUUAUCAUGGAGGCCAGCUUGCUCAUCCAAGCUACUCUAUGCCACCACAGCACCCAGACCACACUGCUUAUAUAACUGGAACCCCCAUUCGUGGCCCUGUUUUAGAGGAUGGUCCUUCCAUUUCGAAGCGACAGCGCAUGGAUGAUUACGAUCAUGGUACAAUGACGCCUAGUCGAAACAUUCAACGUGAGACUCAAACACCUCCUGGAAGUAACAACACGAUUGAUCAAAUUGAUGAUGAUGAUGAUGAUGACGACGAUGACGAUGAUGAUUUUAUUUUUGACGAGAGGUUGAUUCCUGAAAACAACUCGCCUAUGGAACCUCUUGAGACAAAUUCAACUCCGUUUUUUGAGUCUUCCAAAGAGGUCAUUAAUCACAUUUUCUUAGAAAAUGUGACGGAUCUGGUCCAACUGUUUGGGAGUGAGGAGAAGCUGCGCUGCUUCGCACUCGACAUUCCAUUUGAUGACCAGGGCAAUACAGCACUGCACUGGGCAGCUGCCUUGGGUCGCAUUGAACUUGUCAAGGAGCUUAUUAGACACGGGGCUAAACGGCUUCGGGCAAAUUAUCAUGGUGAAUCUGCGCUUAUUCGUGCUGUCAAUGUGACCAAUAACUUUGAAAAUCACACCUUCCCACGACUCAUUGACUUGCUCUAUCCAGCAAUCCCUCUGGUAGACAAGCAAGGCCGUUCAGUAUUGCAUCACAUUGCAGCCACUGAACCGUUGAAGCGACGCGGUGAGGCAGCCAAGUAUUAUCUUUCGUGCUUGCUUGAGUGGAUUGUACGUAAGGGCACCCGAGGUAGUGUCUCAUGCCGACUAAGCUUGGGGUCUUUUAUCAAAACAGUUUUAAAUAUUCAGGAUAAAAAUGGUGACACUGCACUGAACAUUGCAGCUAGAGUGGGCAACCGCAGCAUUGCACAGCAGCUGCUGAAGGUUGGUGCGGACUCGAACAUUGCGAACCGUGCUGGGUUGAGGCCUGUUGAUUUUGGUGUCAAGAGCUUGGACGUUAAGUCUGAUGCUUCUGCAAGCCAGACAAAUGGGGAUGGGUUAUCGAAUGGGCUUGAUGUUUUGGCGACAUCUUCAGGAGGAUCUACGAAUUCUUCUUAUUCUUCUGCAGUGCAGGACUCGAUUCUCAAAGCCAAGAGCACACAACAAGAGGUUGCCAAUAAUAUUCGGAUAAUUCUUGGAGAGUUGCAAACGUCGUUUGAGGAAGAGCUUGUUGCCAAAGAUGAGAGCAUUCAGCAGUUGCAUGUGAAGCUGCGGGAUUCGAACAAGCGCCUGGACGAUGUGCGGGCGCGGCUGGCGAAACUGCGGACCAUGUCGCAGGAUGUUUCUAAUUACCAGCGGCGGGCGCAAAACCUUGAGAGCGCUGUUGUUGAAGAAGACCAGCGAUUCAAGGCUGAAGAGCAACGUCAAAACCGGCCGAUUGUUGGUGGCAUUGAUUACGAGGGUAAAUUUGAUGCUGACCAGCCGUUUAAGGUCAGUGGGGUUGUUGCAUUGUACGAAGCUGCUGUUAAGGAAGAAAAGGAAGAGGGAGAAGAAGAGUUAGUUUCAGGUGAAGGUGUUGAUGAAGAUAAGGUGCGUGCUCGUGUUAAACAAGAGGUGAUUAAGAAACUUCAGGAGAAUUCGACACAAUCGAAUGGCGAUACAGAGAAAUCUUUAUCAUCUUCCAACAACACUCCUCCACCUUCAUUGACGACGUUACCACCUAAGGCGCAGCUUCGGGCGCGGAUUCGGGCUUACCGGGCGAACGAGCGGCGUCUGGAAGACUUUGCGCAAGAGCUCAAGAGUCGGUCAGUAGGGCUAGAGGAGAAGUGUAGGCGGGUGAUUUCGCUUUGCACAGAUGUUGAGGAGCCUCGAGUAGACAGUUUGCUUGAGCAAUUGUUACAAGCGGUUGAGAGUGAUCCUGGUGAGGUGGAUAUGGCGCGGGUUGCUGGGUUUUUGCGCAAGGUUGAUGAUGAAGCUUAG